GAAAAGAGGUCAAAAAUUAACCUUAGAAUUUUUAGUCUCUCUUUGCUCACUAAGAAUGUGUUCUCGAUCUCCAAACCCAGAAGCCCAAAAGAAGCAUUUUGUGCUGGUUCAUGGAGCUGGCCAUGGAGCAUGGUGUUGGUACAAAUUGUCAGCUCUGCUGACCUCUGCAGGUCACCAGGUUACAGCUCUAGACCUAGCAGCAUCUGGAGACAACCCAAAACAGAUAAAUCAAGUCCAUUGCUUCGCGGACUAUGUUGAGCCGUUGAUUGAAUUCAUGGAGUCUCUUCCAUCAGAUGAGAGGGUUUUCUUGGUGGGCCAUAGCAUGGGCGGAGCCAGCAUAUCUAUUGCCAUGGAGCGGUUCCCUGAGAAAAUUUCUGCGGCUGUAUUUGCCACCGCUUUGAUGCCUGGCCCCACUAUCAGUUACUUGACCAUAUUUAAAGAGGCUAGUAGUAGAUCGGAAUUUAUGGACUCUCAAUAUAGAUUUGAUAAAGGAAUCAACAACCCUCCAACAUCGGCAAUUUCUGGUCCCCAACGUCUGACUUCAGUGGCGUACCAGCUGUCGCCACCAGAGGACUUAGCACUGGCGUUGUCAUCGCUGAGAUAUUUCCCUCUCUUUGACGAGGAAAUAAAACUCACCAAGGAGAAAUAUGGGUUGGUUCGUAGAGUAUAUAUCGUGUGCGACCAAGACCUUGCCAUAGGGGAGGAUGUGCAACGGUGGAUGAUCAAGGAAAAUCCUCCACAUGAAGUCAAAGUGAUCAAUGGUUCUGAUCAUAUGCCCAUGUUCUCCAAACCGCAGGAAUUCUUCUCCGCCCUCCAAGAGAUUUCUGAAAAAUAUUCCUAAACAUCGUAAGCACCCACCUGAUAAACUAUAGCUAGGAGCUUGUCAUCAUUGUAUAGAUCGAUGCAGUCCAACCAAAGUCGUCUCCUACAACAUAUGUUUUCUGCGAAGCUUUUAGUGUACGCAGUGACAGAUCUAUUAAGGCAUAACACCUCCUCUCGUCGGAAAAAUCAUUGUAGGUGCUUUAAAUUGUCUCUUUGCUCAAUUGGUAUACAGAUUACUUUAUUUUUAUUUUAAACAUUUAA